AUGACAUUAGAGGAAGCCAUUAAGAACAAGCAAAAGAUCGAAACAUUCAAAGACAUGCUUCUAACCAACAAUGCAAAGACUGAAUACAAAAUUGAUGAAGUCACAUAUGUCAUGAACACUGCCCAACAGCAUAAGGAAGAAAUUGUGAAGAAUUCUUCCUUCCCAGUCCUCUGUUCUAAGCUAUCUGUACAAGUGAGAGGAGUCAUCUUGGAUAAAAUUUAUGCAUUUCAAGGAAGAAAGGAGUGGUUUUGAAGGUACUCAUUAGUGCUCCUCCAAGAAAUGGACUAUUUCUACCCUAUUAUCAAUAAGAUUUCAAAGAGCGACAGGCUGCAAAAUCAAUAUACCAAGGAACUGGUGUUUUAUUACGGGCUUGUUAUCGGCUUAUAUAGAUUUGUUGAAGGGAUCAGCUGGGGAUACAGCACUCUAUUGACUCAUAAACAGUUAGGAUCUGAUCACCUCCUUAGUAUAAAGGUGCUUUACAACUUUAUGGUCAGGCUCAGAAGGUUCUUUUUGAUAAAGAAGGAAGCAGAUUUCGGAGAUUGAACUCCAGCCAGUCCUGAAAAUACCAAAGAUUUUGUGAACAACGAUAUUGAUUUCCUUAGUGCGCUUGAUAACGAGGAUAUGGAAAACAUAGUUAGGGGCAAACUUGAGCCAACUGAGAAUUUCAAUGGUCUAGGGUUCCUAUGAUACCAAGACCAAGAGUAUAAAGAGAUUCUCAGUCGACUAGACCAUGAUGAAAUUUUAAAUAAAGAAAAAGAAAUUAUUACAGAAUUUGCUUCCCAAAUAACAAUGGAAGAGAUUUCUGUAAAAUCUAUUGAGAAUAUGAACAAAAAGAAGCGAUCCCCAAAAGUUGAGCCUAUCACUAUUAUGACAGAAGAAAGCAGAGAUAAUGACCAAGAAGAGGAGAAGCAUGAAUUCCCAACCUUGAGCUCUAAAAAGAACAUUCUUGGCCUCAGAUGCACUGAAAGAGUGAGCAAAUUGAUCUGUCAACAUAUUCUAAAGCAAGGAGAGGAUGAAGAGUCGAAGAAAAAUCUGGUUUCGGUCAUUCACUAUUGCCAGCCUCAGAAUAAGAUCACUUAUGAUUCGUAUUACAUUGUAAAGAACAUUAUAUACUCAAUAUUGACGAAAUGACCUGAAAUAUUGUCUUUCUUCAAGCUGCUAGACUUGGAUAUUAGCAAAGAUAUUUUCUAUAACGAUUCUCAGACCAUAAAGCGUGACUACACAGAGAUCUUUAUCACUUUUGUUAAGGCCCUGAGAGAGCUGAAGCUUGACUACAACAUUCUGAUUGUCAUUUCCCAAGCAGAUGCUGGAUAUAACAGGGACAACCUUCAGAACUUUUUAUAUUUAACAAGACAAGCAUUGCCUCUGAUGCCAAUCUACUUGAAGUUUGUGUUCACCUUUACAGAUGAUUCUUUAGUGGAUGAUGAGGAUAUUAGCAGAGUUUUAUUGCUAAAUGACAACCCUGAAGUAGGAGAUGUUAAUGAAAUUAACUUUAUCUCGCUUGACUUAUUUACUAACUACGGGGAGAAAGCACUUGAUCUACUCCAACUCCCUGAAGAAAUUGAUAAAGAAGCAGUUAAAGAGAAAUGCGAAGGAGAUUUUGAAAGAAUCCUCGACCUUUCUGAACUCCUUGCAUUAAAAAUCCCUGGAAAAGACAUUCUAGAGACUUAUGACAUGAAACUAGCUGCUUAUCUGAUGUCUCAAAUGGAGGCAUGUGGAGGUUCAGCUAAGGUCAACAUACUUUUGAGAGUCCUAUGCUGAACUAAAGUUCCAAUUGAUCUACCUCUUCUCUCAAAAAUCUGAGAAAUCUCUGAACAAGAGCUGAUGAACAUUAUUAAAAAUGAAUUGAAAGCCUUCAUAUGGUCGUUUAGAAAAAGGAUGAUUCCUAGCGAUAAUCCAGAGGAAGAGAAAGGAGAGAGUCCCUCCGAUGAAGAGAUUGAUGAGAAUGUUUACGUUACUAUCUCCUCUCCUAACCUCUGAUCCUUCGAUAAUGCUGUUGACGUACAUAAUGACAUUGUGAGAAUCCUUAGAAGAGAAACUAUUGGGCAUUAUAGUAAAUUCUGAUACCUUUAUCACAUCUCUGAAUGUGACGAAGACUUCUCCAAUGAUUACUGGGAAGAGAACAUUAAGGAUUCUAAAGAUCUAGAUAAUGAUAAUACAGAGGAUCUGGAAAACAAGAAGAAAGAUGUAACUUUCUUCGACCUAUAUGAUUCUUUAUUCCAAAGCAGAGCUAUUUUUGAGCUUAUUAAAUAUCAUAAGGGAUUUGAAUUCAUAAUUAAAGAAAUCGGAUACAUCCUCAGCUCUGAUAAGACAGAUAUCAUCGAGAAAGAGAGAACCCAGCUUCUGAAUUUUAGAAAUAUAUUGCACCUUAUAGAGCAAACUAUUAAGAAUGAAGAUCUAUGCUAUAAUGAUUUCUGUACUCAAUUGAGAGGAAGGCUAAUCGGAGAGGAAGAAAAGUCUCUAAUGCACAAACUUCGGAUUGAUAUUACUAACCAACAGCACACAUAUUUCAAAGGGUUUCAGAACUCUCUUCGGGAAAAUGCCAAGAUAGAGACAAUUAUAAAAUUUGUUUUCUCAGUCAACAAGACUUGUCUCUUCAGCGAUCAGAGAAGGAUGGCUAUUUUCAAUGAUGUCGGGCUAAUCUAUGUAUGCGGAAUUGACUUUGAGAUAUUCUCUGUCAUCUCAAGUCCUUACCCUGAGAUAAACUGUUGUCAGUACUUCCUCCAACCUGAGGAAGAUUCCCCUGAAGGAGAAGGAGAUGGAGACGAUGAGUAUCUUUUCACUGCUGGAAAUGACCCAUAUAUUAGAAAAUAUGACUUAGCAACUCAGAGAGAAAUUGCUCAUUACCAAUGUCAUAAGACUGAUUGAACUAUCAUGAAAUUAUACUACAAUUAUCUAUUCACAGUAGGAUCUGACCAAAGACUGGUCAAGUUCGAUAUUGAGAAAGAAAAAAUCGAGAGAGUUUACAAAUGUAAAGACCCAAUCACUUGUCUAAGAAUUCUUGAUAACUUAGAAGACAAAGAUGGGUCUAAAAUCCUUAUUUCGACCCUGGGAGGUUAUCUUGAGUUGCUAGAUUUUGACCUUGGGAUGAUAACGUCGUUGAAUGUGACAAAUCCGAAUGAGUUUAUUGUUUCAUUGAUCAAUCAUUCUUUGUCUGAGUUUUUGACAUUCUCUAAAGAUGGACAAGUUACUGUAUAUGAUCAGGAAACUUUACAUAUCAUUAAGGAAGAAUCAAUUCUGAAUUUAAAAAGUGAUGACUAUAUCGACCUGAUCUUGAUAAGAUCGAAGGAGUAUGUACUAUUUACACUUGAAAAAGCCAAGAUGGACUUCUUCACUUGUGCUACUUUUAAAAAGACAGAUUCUUGGGACUAUUUCUUUGAUCAGGACUUACACCACUGUGACCAGAAUUACGAAGGAUCGAAGAUAAUUAUCUCUGAUAAGGGAGGGUAUGUCACUCUGUUCAACUUCUUGAAGAAUGCUGAUCCCAAUUCUCAAGGGAUGCAACUAUCCUGUAACCGUAGGAAUGACCCGGUAGCUUGUAUUGAGGUGACUAACGGAUUAGAACAAGACAAAAUUGUCUCUUGCAGCUUUGAUAGAGACCUUAGAAUUUGGAAGAAAGAAGAUGGUUCAUUCAGUAAAAAGUACGAUCUUGGGUCGUUCACUAGUGAGAGCAUCACCUCAAUGAGGCUUGGAAAGGACCAGAAUAUGCUAUUCCUAGGAUCUAAAGACAUGAAUGUGUACCUUAUUGACAUUGGCAGAGGAAAACUCUGAGUUGUCUACGAAGGUCACUGGAAUAAAGUAAACAUUAUCCACACGAUUCCUGAAAGAGACAUAUUGAUAACUGUAUCAGAAAGUAACAUCAAAGUCUGGGAUCUGGAAUAUGACGAGUGCAUUAAGAACAUGAAUGACCAUGAAAGCAGUAUUGUCCAUGUUUCCCAAUAUGAAGAGAAAUCUCAACAGCACAUCUUAACUGUAGGAUCUAACUUUGAGAUGAGAAUGUGGAAUUAUGAAACAGGAGAGGAUUCUAAAGAACACAAGUUGAAUAUCGAGAAAUCUAAAAAGUUGAAGAAUGUUGUCUGUGCCUGAACUUAUUAUCAAAAAUUAUUCUUGGCUACAAAUAAAAAUAUAUUGAUAUAUUCUUUAGCAACAAGUGAGGUCUUGCAUGAGUUUAAACCUUACAAUGGAGAACAGGUUAUUGACAUCCAGGCAUAUAAGACAGAAGACAAAGAGUACAUGAUAGUUACAACAAGGACCUCUUGCAUAGUUUAUUCAAUCUUUUUCGAUGGGUUAGAGACUAAUGUAACGAAAAUAUGAGGCUAUCACUUGAAUGCAAAAUACAGCCGCACUUCAAAUUAUAGAUCAAAUUUCAGGUUUUAUUUCACGAGUUGUAAAGUAACAGCAUUGAAUUCUAUUUCGAAAACAGAGGUCAAGAAACUAGUUGCUGAGAAUACUUUUAAUGGUCUCCUGGAUAAUACAGAAGGUGUUAGUUUUGACCAAACUAACCAAGGAGACCUUGAUGCUACAGACGUUGCUACAAAAGAUGUGAAGGAUGUAAAAGGUAUACAAAAGAACCAAGAGGUACUUGAAACCAGAGUAAUCGAUACAAACAGAGACAGGAUUAGGAGAGAAGUACUUCUAAUCUGACUAGGAGAUUCCAAGGGCUACUUACACUUCAACCACUUAUAUUUGUAA